AUGGACACAUUCUCGAAUCGAAAUUUAUGUCCAGUGGAUGCUGUGUGCUGUGAUGUGGCUCCCAUAUACACCUUCUCACAACCCCCACAUGGAAUGCAGUAUACCACAUUGGAACGAAGUUCAAGGGGAACAGGAUCCUUAACCCCUGGAACACGAAUAACGAAGGAGGUAGAUCGCCGGUUUGAAGAGAUCUCUCAUACAACAAAUCUAUCUAAAGAGAUGUUAAUCCGAGUCACGAGGUUCUGUCUCACCACGGGGUACUUCGUGUUCCAGGGGGAGGUUUAUUCCCAACUCGAUGGAGUGGCCAUGGGAUCACCGAUCAGCCCCAUCAUUGCUGACAUUGUCAUGCAGAGAGCUAUUGAGAAAACUCUUGAAAACAGCACACUGAGAAUCAUGUUCACCAAGAAAUAUGUGGACGACCUUCUGCUUGCGGUGCACAGGGAUGAUGUGGGCGAAGUCCUCCAACAAUUCAAUUCCUUUCAUCCGAAGAUCCAAUACACAAUGGAAAUUGAGCAAAAUGGAUCCAUUCCUUAUUUGGAUAUGAUGGUGUGCCGCCGACCUGGUGAAACGACCCUGAAGACCACUUGGCUCCUCAUGAAUCGCAACAUCGCAACACAUCCAUCGAGUAGGAGAGAGAGGGAAUCACCCACAGUUUUUCACUCGGUCACAUACAUUCCUGGAGUGUCUGAGAGGAUAAGGAGAAUAGUUGGAGAAACCCUGGGACAUGGUGUGGCAUUCCGGACUAUGGGGAAGAAUCGAAGAUUCUUCACAAUGGUUAAGGAUUCUGUUCCCCUUGAACUUCGUUCCAAUGUGGUAUACUGCAUUCCAUGUGGGGGUUCCUCACCGUACCUGGCUACCCGCUGCUUGAACCAAUUGGCGCAGGAUGAAGGUGAGCACUUUCCUGUGGCCGCAAAAGCAGUGCUCAAUCACUUUUACAUCGACGAUUGUCUGAUGUCGGCAGCGUCUACUCAGGAAAUUGUUGAGACCCAGCGGCAGCUUAUCCAGAUUCCCAGAUGGGCUGCAACAAUUCAGUUUGGCACCAAGGAAGAACUUCACGCGUUCUGUGACGCAAGCAAAAUGGCAUAUAGAGCAGCCAUUUACCUGAUAGUCGAAGAUGAGGAUGGAAAACGAUCUUCCCGUCUCCUGACAGCAAAAAGUAAAGUGGCAUCCAUUGACGAGAUUACUAUUCCCAAGUUGGAGCUGUGUGCUGCAACACUCGGAACCAUUUUGAUGACUCGUGUGCGAACUGCGUUUGGCAUUCAGCCCGAGCAAUGUUUCUAUUGGAGUGAUGCCAUGGCUGUGUUAGGACAAAUUCACUCCAAGAGCACUCGACACGAAGUAUUUGUGCGUCACCGAGUCAAGACAAUCAAGGACAAUACAAUUGUGUCGCAAUGGAGAUAUCGUCGCUGGUUGAUUGAGGAUGAAUCUUCAUGGCCCGAGCCUUAUCUCUAUCCCGGUCAGACCGAAGAAGUUAUUGCUAUGACUGUAGCUGCGGACCCUCCUCAACCCAAGAACGUGGAAAGCGAACACAAAUCGUUUGAAAACAUUAUAGCUUCAGCAUCAGAUUGGAAUCACGCCAAAAAACUGACUGUAUGUGCAAUUCGUGAGAACUGGCAAGAGUCAGUCGACGAGAUUCGAAAGGAUUUUCCUGAGUUUUCUCUGACUGAGCUGAGAGAAGCGGAAAAUUGGCUAAUCAGGGAGGAUCAGCAGAUGCAUUUGGGCGAGGCAAUAAAGGCUCUAAAAGCGUCAAGAUUACAUACAAAGAGGGACUUUCAAUUUCUGCAAAGGUUGAGACCUUUCAUCCAUGCCACUGGUGUUAUGAGAGUAGGAGGUCGACUUCAGGAAUCUGAAGAGGACUUGGAAUCAAUCCAUCCGCGAAUUAUACCUAAAAGUCGAUUAGCUGAGCUCAUUGCAAGACAUGAACAUGUGACACAGUUGCACGCCGGCCCACAAUUGCUUCUCUCGUCCCUGCGUCGUAAGUUCUGGCCACUAGGAGGAAGAUAUUUGGCAAGAAAAGUAGUACAUUAUUGCGAUGUAUGCUAUCGUAUGAAGCCUAAACUGGAAACUCAAGUCAUGGGAAACUUGCCAAAAGUUCGAGUUACGCUCAUCCGACCAUUCAGAUCAGUCGGAAUGGAUUUUGCAGGGCCACAUACAAUUAGAGUGGACUUAGCCAGCAGAACGAAGACUCAGAAGGCCUAUGUGUGCGUUUUUGUAUGCAUGGCAAUUAAAGCUGUUCAUCUUGAGGCAGUCAGUUCCCUGUCAACGGAGGCAUUUAUUGCCUGUUUCCGCAGAUUUAUUAGUCGUCGCAAUCUUCCUGCAGAAAUAUAUUCUGAUAAUGGACGCAAUUUUGUUGGAGCAGACAGGGAACUGUGUAGACUUUUUGAACAAGAAGAAAAUCAAAGGAAAUUGAUUGCUGCUACAAGUGAUCUCAACAUUCAGUGGAGAUUUCAAUCACCAUCAGCACCUCAUCAUGGAGGCUUGUACGAAGCAGCAGUCAAAUCGACGAAAUAUCACCUAAAAAGAGUUGCAGGAGAUGUUGUUUUCAAUUUUGAGGAAUUCAAUACACUCCUGUCACAAGUGGAAGCCACGCUUAACAGCCGCCCUCUCACGCAGUUGUCAGAUGAUCCCACGGAUCCACAACCUCUGACUCCCGGACAUUUCUUAACCAUGGCACCACUCAAUCAGCUUCCUGAUCCAGAUGUCACUCAUCUGAAGAUCAAUACUCUAAGUAGAUGGCAGCUCUGCCAAAAGGUCUAUCAGGAUUUUGUUAAGAGGUGGAAGAGAGAGUACUUACACACUCUCCAGCAGCAAUUGAAGUGGACAGAGACCAAGAAAAACUUUAAGGAAGGAGACAUUGUGCAGCUAUCCGAGGAAAGUCUAGGGGAUCUAAAGUGGACAAUGGGACGAGUUGUCGAUGUGUAUAGAGUAAAUGAUGGAUGUGUGCGAACAGUGAAGGUGUCGACAAAUCGAGGAGAAUUUCUGAGACCCAUCACUAAGCUGGCGAAGUAUCCUACAGAAGAAAUUUGGGGAUCAUCGACCCCAAUCAUUACUGGGGAGUGUUAA